AGUGUGUGCGCAUAUCCGAACAAUUAAAAACGCCUUCUUCUCAGCCAUAAUUUAGCUAUAAAAACAAGAAAGCGACAUUGGAUUGUGUCAUCGACUGCAGAGAACUUCUUGUUUAUAAGUCGAACACACCAGAAAUGUCUCCCGUGUUUUAUUUCGCUCUUCUCGUCGGUGUUGUUUUCCUAGCAACGCGUGACGUCAAUUGCAUCACGAACAAGGACUUUGUCGAGUUAGCUAUCAAAUAUGGCGCUGAAGUUCAUUCCGAAGACUACGUGUAUGACGUCACCCAGAAGGAUGAUGACGUUAUCUUUCUCCCAGGGGACCAGGAUGACGAGCUUGACGUCAAUGUCUUGAUUGAAAAGUUUGGAAUCACGAUCUCCGAGGAUGGCUCAAACGUUUACGUGAAAAGUCUAGGUGCAUCGUGUAAUUGCGCAAACAACGCCUGUAGCUGUUGCGCGUCGCAAACUUUCAACCUUUGGUGGAAGAGAUUCACAUUCUCGGGAUGCAUCCGCCUUGCCUACUUGCCCGCUGCAACUGGAUUCCGUCUGACAAUCGAGUUAAAUGGAAGAGAAAUUUACAGACACGAGAUAUCGCUUAACCACCCACCAGCGCUGUGUUUCCCCAUUCCCGGAAUUCCGAUUGCUAAGGUUUGCAUCCAGCUCUACAACAUCAACCUUGGGCGGAAAAGUCUCUGUGCUAAAAUUGUCGGAAGAGUUAAUCUCUGGUUGAAGACAUUCAGCGUCGACGUCCAUCUCGGAUGUUUCCGUAUUCCGUUUCUUGCCAAAUCACACUUUGCCCAGCUGGCAGAAAUUGCGAACUCUCAGAAGUUGACCUUUGCGCCCAAGGGUAACCGGCCAUCUCAGAACGAUGACUAUGCAGAGUUGACUUACCUUUCGGAGCUGCUCCGAAUUCCACGAGGAAUGGACAAAGACUAUUAAAUCCUCACCCGAGACAACCCAACGAAAACAAGACAGAGUAGAGAGGUUGAUUCCUUAUGUUAAAACAUAUGAAUAUAUUUGUAUCAAGUUUACGCAUGGUAAUUGCAUAUUCAUUCUAUAUACAAAAUGAAAUGUGUUUCGCUGUUUUGUUGACAACAUGUUAACCAGUGUUUCCAGUUUUAAUGCGUGUAUGUUAAGUUGUAAAAGUUGUAUGUUUCCACAAAUUCGACCGACCUUAAUUUGUGUGCCGACAGAAUGAGUAUUUUAGGUCAGAGCUUUCGAUCAUGUUUGCAACAUUCCUUGAUAUUCGCAAAACACAAUUUUUAAAUGUGAAAAACGUGUUUAUAGCAAAAAAGUAAAAGAAAAUAGGUUCGGCCGACCUUACUUCUCUGUCUUUGUAGAUUCUAGUGGAAACAAACUCUUAAUUUUUCUCGCCUAACGUACAUGGACUUAUUAAGUGGAGCAUCUUUAGUUACAUCAAACGUAUUUCAAAACUCUGUAAACAAAAUCCAAUGAAAAUAACAGCGUCAAAUCCCUAACUUCCAGAAACAGCGUAAGUUUUAUAUUUUAUUCCAUGGACGCAAUCCGAAUAUAUUCUCAUUUAGACAUGUUGGUCAGAAACCCGACGAAAUUUCAGUUGGUAAAUUCCAGAAACAUCUAAAGUCUAACACACAUUUUGUUCAUAAAAUGUAUGCCUUAAGAAACAAUUGUAACAUUGAGACCAGGGGCACACCCCACCUAAAAAAAAUCUUAUGUUUUGCAAAAUAUGUUCGAUCCGAGUGUUUCCAUAUAGAUGCGCUAUCAGUUUAUGUAAAAAUAUUUUACGUACUUUUUCGGGGUUUUGUUUUCGUUUUAUCGCGCAUAAACAGUAAGAAAACAGUUCUGUUGGAUAUAGUAUGUUAUUGAUUUUAGAGAUUUUCUCACCUUUUUACCACAAACCUAUGUACUGUACUGUUCUAUGAUCUAUAUCUUUCUGAUUUAUGUCUUAUUAAAAUGUCAAAAUAUGUUACAAGACCGGCGAAACUAUUGAAAAAAUAUAGGAGUACGCGUUUUUUAUAUACCUUUUAAUAAUUACAAAAGAAAUAGGUAAUUAAUAUAAGAUUCGCAAGUUGAAAUAAAAUUACUAAAAUGAAAUACUGAGCGUUUUCCUGUAAACAAGUUUCUUAAAAAAAUAAGGUAACGCUUGAUUGUUAGCAAACAACUAAUAUACAUGUUUACUUAGUAUAUACAUGUGCCAUUUAUUGAGAGCAUUUGGAAGACGAUAUACCAAUGAAUUAACUACUAACCAAUUAAGUUGUGUUGGUGCAUAUAAAUCAAGCGUCUUCCACAAAUUCAAUAAUACGUUAUUUGUUUCGUACAUCAUUUUGUAUGCCGUGAUCCGUACUGCACUGUGUUAUGAUUAAAAAGAUACUGUAACAUAUUAAGACGAAAUAUAAUAAACUUUUGCAUCAUCUGAAA